AUGGCCUCGAGAUUAAACAUGACCCGCGGCCAUUUGCAGCCGACCGCUGGCUACUCCACGAGUGCCUUCGGUGGAGUAGCACAGGGCUCGAAGUACUCCACGUCGUUCAAAAACUACGCCACCCAGAACAACCAGAUAGUGUCUUACUUCCACGACAUCCCGCUCGGGCUUGACUUGAACAGCAACACUGUCAAUGCGGUGAUCGAAAUCCCCAGAUGGACGAACGGAAAGUUUGAAAUCAGCCCGGACUUGAGGGGCAACCCGAUUGUGCAGGACUCCAAAAAGGGCAAGGUGCGCUUUGUGAACAACAUCUUUCCAUUUCACGGCUACAUCCACAACUACGGCGCGAUUCCGCAGACGUGGGAAGAUCCGACAGCCAAGCAUCACGGUUACUACGGGGAUAACGAUCCGUUGGAUAUCUGCGAAAUCGGCUCCCGGGUUGCGAAAUUGGGCGAGGUGAGACGCGUCAAGAUCUUGGGCGCGUUGGCGAUGAUCGACGAUGGCGAGAUGGACUGGAAGAUUAUUGUCAUUGACGAGACUGACCCGUUAGCCCGCGAUAUGCCAGACAUCCACAGCGUCUCCCAGCACAUGCCGGGGAUCUUGGAGGCUACGAAAGAGUGGUUCCGCGACUACAAGUUGCCAGCUGGGAAGCCAAAGAACGAGUUUGCCUUCAGUGGGCAGUACAAGACCGUCGGUGAGACCGUGGAAAUCAUCCAGCAGUGCCACGAAUCCUGGAAGCAGUUGGUCGAGGGCAAGGUACAGGGCGAGGGUCUUCCGUCGAUCCAGAACUCUACGUUGGAGGGUACCCCGGGCUACGAAUCUCUCAGUUCUGGUGAGUUGUUGAUCAACGCAGCUCUACCAGACACUGCCAUCCCGUCUGAGGUGGAUACGCUGUAUUUUUACAACUAA